UGUUAGGUCUAUUGAUUGGGGCGAUUCCAACUUCUCUUUUCGAAUCACCCUUUUCUCGGGCUGUUGUUCGACAGUUCUCUGCUUUCUGUUUCAGGUGCCAGGGGAGAGCGAGAAACAGUGGAAACCAGCCCUGGUUGUACUGACGGAGAAAGACCUUUUAAUCUAUGACAGCAUGCCACGGAGGAAGGAAGCCUGGUUCAGCCCAGUUCACACAUACCCUCUUCUUGCCACCAGGCUGGUCCAUUCAGGUCCAGGAAAGGGUUCACCCCAGGCUGGUGUGGAUCUGUCCUUUGCAACACGAACUGGUACCAGGCAAGGGAUUGAAACACAUCUCUUCAGGGCAGAGACCAGCAGGGACCUCUCGCAUUGGACAAGGAGCAUAGUUCAGGGUUGCCACAAUGCUGCUGAACUCAUUACCGAAAUCACCACCGCUUGCACCUAUAAAAACCAGGAGUGCCGUUUGACCAUACAUUAUGAGAAUGGAUUUUCUAUUACCACUGAAUCACAGGAGGGUGCCUUUCCCAAGACAAUCCUACAGUCUCCUUAUGAAAAGCUCAAAAUGUCUUCAGAUGAUGGAAUCAGGAUGCUGUAUUUAGAUUUUGGAGGCAAAGAUGGAGAGAUCCAACUGGACCUUCAUUCCUGCCCCAAGCCAAUUGUUUUCAUCAUUCAUUCCUUCCUGUCAGCUAAGAUUACAAGACUGGGCUUGGUGGCCUGAAGAGAGGGGCAACUUGCUUUUGAGAAAAGGAGGGCUGCAAUGCCACCAGAGUAUGUGACAUCGGACACCAUCUGUAGGGAACAGCGCACCAGAUGUAGCAUGCGACAGUCAGCUUUAGAUCUCAGGAGUCAUGUGUAACUGUCCCAGACUUCUAUGUCAGUUUCAGCAACUACAAGGGGGGUAUCCUAAGAAAGCGCCCUGAGAAAUAUCAGAAUAAAGAUUUUUAGAACAGUACAAGGUUAAAGAGGUGAGGGCGAUUGGAAAUACACAGCAUAGCUUCUAAAUAAUGACAACCAAGGACAUGACCAUUAGAACAGCAUGUGCAGAUCUUAAUCAUACCAGUUUCCAGGCAACUGGUUCACCCAGGUAAGCAAGGACUGAAUAGAUGAGAAAUGGACAUUGUCACCUCUUCCCCCAGCCUCCUACCCCCAGUAACAAUGAUCUCUUGUUUCAUUGUGAUUUCCUGAUUCUAGUUGAGUUGACUUUCACUGGAAGGAAAAGAAAAAUACUUCAAAUAGAAACCAACCUUUCAGAAGUAGUUGCUACUUUUUUUAAAAACGAAUUAUCUUUCAAUAGUGUAGAAUGAAUCCCAGGUAUUCUCAUUAGCAUAUGCUGAGCAGGAAUUAUAUAAAGCAUCAGAUAUUGGUCUGAGCUGUAAGCUAGUGGAAUCUGAGCCAAAGUUGAGUGUUUAAACUGAUAAAGCUUUGCUAAGGAGUUGUAUGCACGGAAGAUGAUUAAUUCUGGGACUAUACUCACAUCAAGGUCUACUGUCUUAUAGCCAAGAUUGAUAGCUUUAUUUAUAGAGAGCAAAUUGUGGGAAUUUCUUUUAGAAAAGAUUGUCAUCUGAUUCAUAUACAUAAAACUCACAUGGUUGGGGUUAACUAAUUAUCUCUAUUUCAUGGUUUUAAGUGGCAAUACUGAACAGUUUAUUGACCCUCGUUUCUGCCUGUGCUUGUAUGCAUGCAUUUUCAAGCAAGUAAUAGAGCAGCCUAGUUUAAUUCUGGAUAAUGCUGGGUUUUACAUAUAGGCCCAGUAUUUUAAUCAAAUCUAUUGAUAGUAUCUGCAGUUCUCUUGAAAUUCCAGGGAAAUAAUAUAAUGACCUGAUAUUUUUCUACAAGAAUAUUUUCAGACAAUAUAUAGCACAGUACUGAUUUAAUGCUUUUGCCUUUAUCUUUCAAAACUAAUUCACUAAAAAUAACACCUAUUAUUUGGAGUCACUUUUGUCAAACCUUGAAAAUUAGCUCUAGAAUUUCUGUAAGCAUUUCUAGCACUUAUUUUUUUCCUCUGUAGUUUACAUAGACAGACUUUCUGUGUUAGACCUGUGUAUUUUUUUUAAGAAUCUUAUUUUUAGCAAAUACCCAUGCAAAGAGCUUUAAAAAGUGAAACUGUUUUUAAAGGAACAUGACUUUGCUCACUCAGACAUAGUGUUUACUGUGUUACAAAAUUUUAUUUCAAAUCAGCAUUUCCCCAAAGUAUGAAUCAUAUGACACUAGUUCCACAAGACAUUGACUGAGUGGUGUUUUGGAGGGUGGGGAAAGGGGUUUGGUAACAAACUUGGUUUGAUACUGAGUUUAAAAAAUGUUAAACAGAUUUCAUCAUUGCCAGCCUCCUCAAAGACUUUAAAGUAACCUGGUGAGCCAUUCUUCACCCUUACCUACAGAACUCCUUUUUAAUGGAACAUCUUGUAAAGCUAGUGCUUUUUAAGAAAAUGCCUUAGAAAACACAGCUUUAGGAUAUUGAUUUUGGUUUGUUUGUUUCCUAUUAUGAAAUGCUGAAGAGUAAAGUCCCAGCUUGAAUACUAUAGGAAAGCUUUGAUGCAUUUGUAAAUUAUAUUGCACUCUUUCACUAUAUAUUUUCAAAAAUCACUGGAAUGUUGUUAUACAAAAGAAUUAUACUUGUGUAUUGUAAAUAACAUGUUAAAAUACAUAUAUUAAUGCUAAUAGUUUAAUUCAACAAUAUGUAAUCUAAGGUGCUCGGUACUACAUGAAGUAUGAGUUAAUUACUCAUAAAUAAGUUGCAAAAAUCCUAUUAUAUAUUUAUAGACAAAUUAAAAUGAUCAUAACUACAAAUAUUUCUUCAUCACUUAAGUUUUGGACUGAUUAAUAUCUGUGUAGGGGUCAACAGAAGCUACAUUCUCUACAUUUAUAAAAAUUUAAUUUAAAUAUUUAUAUUUCAGGAAAAAUAUAUUUGAAUAAAAUUAAUGCAUUUUCUGAAGUAAAUUAAAAUGUGUUAUUAGCAAGAAAUAGUAAAUUUUACUAAGAGAAUUGUGUAUAUGAAUCGUUUUUUUUCCCUCCAAGUUAAAAAUAUGUCAUAAUAGAGUGGCUUUGAUGAAUCAAUUUCAAAUACUCAUUUCUUUUCUGAUUUUGAAUUCAACAAGUUAUAAUGGCUUUCUACGGUAGAUUUUAAUUUUGUCUUGAUGUAUGUUGGGGUGUAUGACACAAACUUGCAAGUCUGGAUCAUGUCUGGGUAUAGUCAGUGAGUCAACUGAGUCAUUUGGGGGAAUUUGUUUUUGUCCCUUGAGCUCUGUGCUCAAUCCCAUGAAUUAUUAAAUGUACAGUGUUUGUUCCUAAGUGAAAACCAAGACAAGUGAACAAUGUUUUAAUCUGUACUUUAUGGGAAGCUGCCUAUUUGUCAGUAGAUGUGGUUAAGUGAGUCCUUUGGUAUGGUGACAUCUAUUUAAACCAUCCUAGGAGGCCAUCUCUUAAGGCCAAUAGGGAUGUAGAUAACCAAUUUUUCUCUGACUUGAACUAAGUAGAGGAAACAAAAGUAUAAAUCUAUUACAAACUACCCAGGCAGAGGCAUUUAAUUAAUUCUAUCAAUUGGUAGAAUUAAAAUCCUGAAAACACAUGCUCCUUUGUCCAAAAGCUUGGUUAAAGCAAGAAAAGAGUGGUCUUAAUGGUUACAAGGAUUCUCCUAAAAUUAAUUGGCAGGAUUUCUGGCUCCUGUUUUACAAAUAAUAGAUAUUCCAUCUUGAGGGAACUGGAGUAGGCUGGGGUAAGAGGAUAAGUUUUGGAUGUACCUUGAGGUUUUUUAAAAUGUGCCUAUGUUUAUAGCACCAUGAAUAUCAUGUAAAAAUUACAUAUUAAUUAAAUAAAAAUUCACCUGUGA